UAAAUUUUCCUUUUCCUUAUCUGAGAUCCAAACUUAACUUUACUGCAGAGUUCUGUUAUUCCAUCACAAACCAGCACCUGAAAGCAGCAUCACCUGUCCCAGGUUGAGUCCCUCAGGCCCCGCCCCCUGCUCACCUACACGGUAUUUAAGACUCUUCUAUAAAUGAAUGGCUCCAGGUGGGACUCCCUCCGCCGCACGUUGCUAUGGUUCGCGUCGCCACGGCUCUCCAGCUGCUCGUGCUGCUCGUGCGCUUGCGCGGGAGCGCCUCGGUUUUUCCCAAUAACGCGACCGACUCCACGAACCCCCUGACCGUCCAUGACCCGCAGGAGCCGACGGAUGCUGAGGACGCGAACCGGCCGAGGAGCGGCGGAAGGCGGCUCGUGCAGGCCGUGCCAAACGGUCCGGAGCAACAUCAAGUGAGCUGCAGGGAGCUGAGGUCCACAAAGUACAUUUCUGAUGGACAGUGCACCAGCGCCAACCCCAUCAAAGAGCUGGUGUGCGCCGGGGAGUGUCUGCCGACCCACCUGCUCCCAAACUGGAUCGCUGGCAGCAGCCACAACGGGAGAUCCUGGAGCCGCCGAGACGCGCAGGAAUGGCGCUGCGUCACCGACCGGACCAGAACCCAGAGGGUCCGGCUGGAGUGUCAGGACGGCACCUCCAGGACCUACAAAAUAGCUGUGGUCACCUCCUGCAAGUGCAAGCGCUACAGCAGACAGCAGAACGACUCCGGACGAACAGAGGUCGCUGCUCGGAGUGGAAAAAGGCCGUGAGGUUCCAGCUGAGAGGCCACGUGAUACCAGAACCAAUAGAACUCUCUCUCUCUUACAGAUGUUUGUUCAGAGGACCUUCAGGCUGAACCCAGAUCUCUCUGACUCUUAAAACUUGAUGAUGAACCUCUUUGAAAAGUUGGAUCAUAUUGAGCAUAUUUUGUAUAAAACAUGUAAUUUGGGGGUAAAAGGGUUAAAAUUACUGACCUGAAUGGAGGUGAAGAAGUUUGUGACGUCAUUUAGAACAAUAGGAACAUAAAAGCCAUCACAAAAAUCGAUUUAUGUAGAUUUGUAAAUAUUUUUUGAGUUCCAGGUAGUUUGUUUUAGAAUGCCAUUUUUCCCCUUAUUCACUACCUACAUGCUAAUAUCUGUUGAUGAUGUGUAAUUUAUGCAUAUAUCUUCCUGUAAACCUCUAAAAUAAUAAAGAUUUUGAA